AUGGUGGGACUACAUGCCCAGACCCUGCGUUACUACGAAAGAGUCGGCCUGAUCUGGCCCUCCCGCACCAACGGCAGGCAGCGCCUGUAUUCACAGGCCGACAUUGAUCGACUGCGACGCAUCAAGACCUUUACUGAGGACAUGGGAGUAAACCUGGCCGGGGCUGAAGUGGCCUUGAAACUAAUGGCAAGGAUCGAUGAACUGGAACGUGAGGUGAAGAGCCUCAGCGCCACAAUCGAAGAAUUGCACCUUCAGUCUGACUCAGUACCGCCGACUGCCAGGCGGCGCCCUGAAUAA